GUUACCUAACUUUUACACAAACACGCAGUUCCCAUAAGCAUCAACUUCACACAGCUCUGGCUUUCUCUCUGAUCACAUCUCGGGUUAGGGGAGCAGAGGCAAAGAGCGACCACCGAGGGCUUCACCAGCAGCUCUGCAAGGCUCCGAGUCGCCACGAUGCUUCUGCUUCUUUCUCUGGUCACUGGGCUUGCCCUGUCUGCCUCUGGUGUCAUGACAGGCAAAGAAACUGAUCCAAGCCACGAGUCAUUUUUUGAGAUCCAGAAAAAAGUGAACGACCUCUGGCAGAAUUUGCUCUAUCCCGUAAUGCCUGGUAACGGGACCGAUGGGAUAAUUUACGCCACUUGUGAAAUGAAGCCCAGCUCCAAAAUAGAUGCUGACAAGCCACAAGUGACUGGACAAGUCUUAUUCAGACAGUAUUUCUCAUAUGGAAGAUUAGAAGCCAUUUUUCACUUGGAUGGGUUUCCGUUGGAUAAUAAUCAAUCUGGUAGAGCUAUACACAUCCACGAGCUUGGGGAUCUCAGCAACGGCUGCGAUGCUACAGGAGGACACUAUAACCCUUUCAGCGUGAAUCACCCCCGCCACCCAGGGGAUUUCGGCAACUUUUUUCCUAAAGAAGGCAAAAUCAGAAAAUACAAAACAAAUCUCUCUGCCACUAUGUUUGGUCCGUAUUCCAUCAUGGGCAGGUCCGUUGUGAUCCACGAGCAGGAAGAUGACAUGGGCAAGGGCAACAAUAAGGCCAGUUUGGAAAAUGGAAAUGCUGGGAAACGCCUGGCUUGCUGCGUGAUUGGGAUAUGCAACAAGAACUUGUGGGAAGAGAAACUGCCUGAGGUUACAGACAAGAAGAAGAGAGGGCUCAAACGAACAUAGAACCAGGCUGAAGUGAAGACCACCAAGCCAGCUACAGCCUGGGCAGCAGAAAGUACCUUUUGGCCAUCCCACUGGCCACUAAGAUACAUGGCUAAAGGAUUCCCAUUUCCAUUUGCUUGCUCCUCUAAGAAACGCUUAUCACUUUGUAGAGCCUCCUUUCUGUAAGCCCACCAAUAAAACCAGCAUCAACUCAA